AUGGACUUUGGCAGCCAGCCGAUAGCUGAAAUGAGAGACGACGCAGAGCCAGUAGAAGCCCAAGAAGACAACCUCUCCGAGAGCUCCAGUCUGAACGGCGAGGAGAUGCUGGAAGCGCAGGAGAAUGCCAUUGCUGAGGUUUUCAGGGAGGAGGUGGAAAAAUUUCGGUGUACCCUGGUGGGCUUCGAAGAGAACCUUAAAAGGGACUUGAGCGUCCUGAGAACAGACCUUUUUGAUCGAGUAGACAGGCACGUGCAAUCAAAAUGGGAAGAACUGGAGAGGCACCUGACCGUGGCGGUCAGAGGAAAUGCACCGCAGGAGCGCAUUUCGUCCUCACCCCACCUGACCGCCCCCCAAAUUUCGCAGCCCCACCUGUCGCCACAUCCCUCAGAAGACAUUGUUAGUACUGGGGAUGCAUCACAGCCACGUCCACCUAUUGCUGCCCCAAAACAACCGGUUCUAUCUCUCGCAGAGCUCCCUCCUGUCAUCGCUGCGCUGAUGGAUUGUUUUUUUCCCAAAAGGCACUCUGGACAGGAGAGGUUAUCAGCGCUGCAGAAUUCCUUUUUCCUGUGGAAAAUGGAAGAGCUCGCGAUCACAGACACCAAGAACCUGAUGGUGAAAGCGGCCGCCAUCGAACAGCACGGACUGGAGCUCAGGUUAUGGUUGCCUGGGUGGGCACCCAGAGGAGCAGCAACUCUGACAGAAUUCCUGGCAGAGAAAAUUAAGACGGUCCUUAAAAAGAAGAGACGCACGUCAUUGCUUGAGGCUGAGCUCAAAUCCAAGCUUCAAAAAACACUACAUACGGAUUAA